AUGGACGAGCCGUCGCUGAAGCGCAAGUUCCAAGGCGCUGGAAACGGGCCUCACAAGGCACCGAAGAUGGCAGGCGGCGGCGGAGGAAAGAUGUCGUUCGCGCAGAAGAUGAUGGCGAAGAUGGGCUACAAGGAAGGCGAAGGUCUCGGCAAGGAAGGCGAUGGGAUCGUGGAUCCGAUCCAAGUCAAACUGCGACCCCAAGGAGCGGGCGUGGGCGCAGUGAAGGAGAGAACCGAACAGUACAAGCAGGAGCAGCGCCGGGCUGCCGAGAAGCGCGGCGAGGAGUAUGAAGAUAGCAGUGAAGAAGAGCGCAAGGCGCGGAAAGAGAGGAGGAAGAAGUCGUCACAAGCGGGAGGGCGCGUGCUGGGGAGCGGGACAAGUACACCAGGAGGAGGCGCACGGAAGCCCAAGACCAAGUACAGGACCGCGGCCGAUGUACAGGCUGUCGCGCCGGGACUCGACGUGCCGCCGCAGAUGCUAAGCUCGAUUGUCGACGCGACUGGCACCUCGACGAAGACGCUCACAAGCGCUGCUGGACUGAUGACCCCAAUCGGAGUACCGGCCGAGUCGGAAGCCGAGAAGAUUGCCAAGAGAGAGCGCAUGGAGCUUGAGGCUUUCAUUGAAGCGUGGCGCGGAAUCCAAGAGCAGAAGAUUUAUGUUGAAGAGCAAGCUGGCCAGCUCCAAGUCGAAGUGGAUCAAGAAAAGGAAGACCUGGAGAAAUUGCAGGCCAUUGCGGAGGCAAUUGAAAAUCUAAAAUUGACAGCAUCUUCUGGCACUUCCAGCAUGGAUUAUGAGCCCGAAUGGAACGCAAUUAUUACGUCGCUGGAGAAAGUUCAACUUGAGCACAAACACGACCUCGAGCGUUAUGCGCUCUCAGAAGCCGCGUUAGGCGCGCUUUGUCCGCUUUUCAAAAAGCAGAUUGCGAAUUGGGAACCUCUAGACCUCCCAGAGUUUCUGGUUGUCGACCUACAGCGCAUAAGACUGAUACUCGGACUCGCUCCCCUUGACGAAGUAGUUUCCAACCGCACACAUGCGGAACUCGAUGAAGAUUAUGGUAGGUCGCGCAGGCAAAAGGCAACUACGACCUACGAAAGUAUGAUUUACACCAUCUGGCUGCCGAAGCUUCGAACUACCAUCACGAACUGGGAUGUCCUCAACCACACUCCAUUGACAACACUAGUCCACGCUUGGCGACCACUUUUGCCUGCCUUCAUCUACAGCAACUUGAUCGACCAGCUUAUUGUUGGAAAGCUGAGCGACGCUUUGCAAAAAUGGGACCCCAGGAAGCGCAGUCAUCAUCACAAGACUGUCAGUGUCAAGUACGCAGAACCGCACACCUGGCUUUUCCCGUGGCUGCCAUAUCUGCCUCCAUAUCAGCUGGAUCCGAAAGCCUCUUCUAGCCUUCUUACAAAUCUGAAGCGCAGGCUUCGGCAUGUUCUUGAUGGUUGGGACGUUGCGUCAGGCGUUCUGUCGGGACUCAUGGAAUGGCGAGAAUUGCUGCAUUCGGAGCUUGAUCAUGUUCAGGUCAGGCAUUUGCUACCCAAGCUUGCGAGGCAUCUUUCUCAAUACUUUGAGGUCGAUCCGUCGGACCAGGAUCUGACGCCGCUUGAGAAUGUGCUUCUUUGGCAAAGCUACUUCAAGACCGAGGUGCUUGCACGGCUGCUGGCGGCCGAGUUCUUCCCCAAGUGGCUUGCGACGCUCCAUUUGUGGCUGAGUAGUGGGGAGGCAAAUUUCGAAGAAGUCGGGCAGUGGUUUACAUGGUGGAAGCAGCAAAUCCCGGGAAAGAUCAGUUCGAUGCCUGACGUGGCCAAGGAAUGGCAGAAGGGCGAGGAGAUGAUCAACCGAGCACUCGAUCUCCAGGAUGAGGGUAGACCUAUCAGCGAGCUGAGCGCGCCUGCUGCUGGACCAGCGCGGCCCAUUGCCAAGGAGGUCAGCAAGAAGCUCGAGGCCCAAGUUGCAGCGGAACAGAGGGGACCUUCUCGCCAUGAGGUGGAACAGGAUUUCAAGGAUGUGGUUGAGGCUUGGUGUGCUGAGCAAGACCUUACAAUGGUUCCGUUGCGAGAAGCGCAUACCGCGACCGGACUCCCGCUGUUCCGAAUCACCGCCAGCGCUACCGGCAAAGGUGGGGUCAUCGUGUACCUCAAGGGCGACGUCGUCUGGGCGCAGAAGAAGGGCGACCGAACCCAAUUUGAGCCGGUGGGUUUGGAGGAGAAGCUGGUCGAGCGUGCCGAAGGAAAGUAG